UCAGAGCCUUUUGGUCUGUCUCUUCCUCCUUCCUCAAGCAAAGUUUUCCUCCCUUCAAUAUCUCUGAGAUCGGUGACUUGAUCGUCUAACUCAGUGAGUUGCAGCCAUGGACGGUGGCGGAGAAGGAACCCAGCAGCCUCACCUUGUUCUCGCGCACAAGCUCUUCCUCUUUACUCAUUCCGACGUGCAAGACAUCGAGAAGGUCCGGCUCAAGGAUGAGGUCAUGUCUUCGAUCAAAGCCGACGAUAUGGCUCCGUUGUACGAAACCCUAGCGGCUUCUUCGGUACUGGAUCUAGAUCAGGGCUUGUUGGAUUCCAUGCGAGCGAAGAAUGAGGAGGAACUUAAGAAGUUUGAUGAGAAGAUUGCUGAUGCUGAAGAAAACCUUGGCGAAAGUGAAGUUCGUGAAGCUCAUCUUGCAAAGGCUUUGUACUACAUCAGGAUUAGUGACAAGGAGAAAGCUUUGGAGCAACUCAAAGUCACAGAAAGCAAAACUGUGGCUGUCGGGCAAAAGAUGGACUUGGUAUUCUAUACGCUGCAGAUUGGUUUUUUCUACAUGGACUUUGAUCUUAUAUCGAAGAGCAUUGACAAAGCAAAGACCUUGUUUGAAGAGGGCGGUGACUGGGAAAGGAAAAACAGGUUGAAGGUGUACGAGGGAUUGUACUCAAUGUCCACUAGAAAUUUUAAGAAGGCGGCUAGCUUGUUUCUGGACUCUAUCUCAACCUUUACCACCUACGAGCUUUUCACCUACGAGACCUUCAUAUUUUACACCGUCCUUACGAGCAUCAUAUCUCUGGACAGAGUCUCUCUUAAGCAAAAAGUGGUUGAUGCUCCCGAGAUCUUAACAGUGAUCGGAAAGAUCCCAUUCCUCCCGGAGUUUCUGAACUCAUUGUAUGGCUGUCAAUACAAAGCGUUUUUCUCAGCAUUCGCGGGGCUCGCGGAACAGAUAAAGUUCGACCGUUACCUGAAUCCGCACUUCCGGUUUUACAUGAGGGAAGUAAGAACAGUGGUGUACUCUCAGUUCUUGGAAUCGUAUAAGAGCGUAACGAUCGACGCCAUGGCAAGGGCGUUCGGUGUUACAGUUGAUUUCAUCGAUCUGGAGCUGUCGGGAUUCAUAGCGGCGGGAAAGCUGCACUGUAAGAUCGACAAGGUGGCGGGGGUUCUGGAGACGAACCGACCGGACGCGAAGAACGCACUUUACCAGGCGACGAUCAAGCAAGGUGACGUUCUUCUUAACCGAAUCCAGAAGCUCUCUCGUGUCAUCGAUCUUUGAUUCGUCGUUCUGAUUUUUUCCCCUUGCAAACUCGGGUUCAUGUUUUUUUUUUCAUGCCGUAGAAGAAUCUCUCGUCCAUUUUUUUUGGGUGGUGAAAAAACAUCAAAGCCAUGUUCGAAUUCCUGAAAGAUUUGUUAUUUGUUCGUCGUUUUGGCUCA